UGUCAUGGACUCUCUAUCAAUGUCAUUUUACCAACUUCAAUUUUUCCUCAAGUUUUUCUCAUUUUCUAUUGGCCAAACUCAAUAUGGAAUGAAAUUGUGAAAUUAAAGUACUAAAAGUGCAUUACUUUUCAGGCUGUCAUAAAUUCGUAAGCAGUAUGAGCAGCGAACCUCAAGCAAAGCGUACGAAAAUGAGUGCCUUAGAUCAGCUGAAGCAAUUUUCGACGGUAGUGGCAGAUACAGGGGACUUUGAAGCUAUGAAAGCCUACAAGCCAACAGAUGCGACCACCAAUCCAAGUUUGAUUUUAUCAGCAGCUGGCAUGGAACAGUACCAACAUUUACUUGACAAAGCUAUUAAAUAUGGAAAGGAAUGUGGGGGAACUAUAGAAGAACAGUUGGGUGAAAUUUUAGACAUGCUGAGUGUUCUGUUUGGAUGCGAAAUUCUCAAAAUUAUUCCUGGAAGAGUUUCAGUUGAAGUGGAUGCAAGGCUGUCUUUUGACAAGGAUGCAAGUAUGGCUAAAGCUUUAAAGCUGAUAACAAUGUUUGCUGAGCAUGGUAUCAAGAAGGAAAGGAUUUUGAUCAAACUUGCCUCAACGUGGGAAGGGAUUCAGGCUGCAAAGGAGCUGGAAAAGAAGCAUGGAAUUCAUUGCAACUUGACUCUACUUUUCUCUUUGUACCAAGCAGUUGCAUGUGCUGAAGCCAAUGUGACACUGAUUUCUCCAUUUGUGGGAAGAAUUUUGGAUUGGUACGUGGAGCAUACAAAGAACACGUACGAGCCCAAAGACGACCCGGGCGUGCUAUCGGUGAGCCGCGUGUUCAACUACUACAAGAAGUUUGGCUACAAGACGCAAGUGAUGGGCGCGUCGUUCCGCAGCGCGGGCGAGGUGCGCGCGCUGGCCGGCUGCGACCUGCUCACCAUCAGCCCCAAGCUGCUGCAGGAACUCGCCAACAGCGAACAGCCCCUCAAACAGGCUCUGGAUCCUAAAACUGCCGCUCAGAGCGACAUUGAAAAAAUAUCGUUAAACGAAGCACAGUUCCGUUGGUAUCUCAAUGAAGAUCAGAUGGCGACCGACAAAUUAUCCGAAGGCAUCAGGAAAUUUGCUGCUGACACCAGAAAAUUGGAGUCCCUUAUUAAAUCAAUGCUUGCAAAGAAGUAAAUGAAACAAACUACUUAUUCAUGUCAUAGUUAUUAUGCUGCCCAGUGUUAAAUAUGGUUGCACGUAAAUAAUUUAUUACUCUAUGAGCCAUCCUAAUAGGCUACAUUUAUUGAGUAACUGGCUAAUAAAUAAUUAUUAUGGUAUGGCAUUUUGUUAGCUCCACUUAAAUAAUAAUUCUAUCCUUGGGUCUUAAGAGCCAACCCAGCCAAAGGAAAUCUUUUGUUCUCGAAACGCCGUAUUUUGUAUUGUUAUGGCGUGCAAAGAUUGGUUUCUUAACAUAUUCGGUAAUAAUAAUGAUGAACGUAUGAAUAAAACAUCCAAAAAAUUUACAUUUGUUAGAAGUACAAGUUUUCUUUGCUAUGUUUCAGGUUUAGGUUUUUAUGUAGGCGUUUGUAUAGUUUACUUAAAGUACUUUUUUGAAAUGUCGAAAGUAGCCUUUCAGAAUGGCUCUACUGUUAACUGUAGAACCGACCUCGACAGGGUAGAAAAAGGAAGAAUUAGUAGAGGAUUAAAGUAUGUCUGAUGAAUAAGUAAUAUGUAAUAGUUAAAGUAGUUACCAUAAAGCAUAAUUAUUUUGUAUAAGCCUGUGGACGUAAAAAUAUCCCCUCGACUAUUGAAGCUAUAUUUUUGUCAUUAGGUUAUUUAUACUUUAACAGAAUCUGAAUAAGAUUUUACAAUGCAGUGUUUGGGCACUUACAUACUAUUUGUUUUAUUUCGCGGCAUACUUUAAUCUGAGUUAUAAGUAGCAGCACCAACUAUUAUUUCUAAUUACCAACCAAUUUUCUUCAAUCGGUCUUAUUGAUUCUUGUUUUAUAUUCUGUAAAAAAAACUUACUAUGAUCUU